GACGCACAAGUAGGGCUAAUUAUAAUUAGCAUUUCGGGAUGGAAAUCACAGUAGGGUUGUGGUGGGGUUUGUUUAUGGGAGGUUUGCCACUGCUGGGGUGGCUGCUUUGGUGGUGGAAUGAGUUUUGGUAUGUUGCUCCUCUCAAAGCUCGGUGCUCGGCUACAGGGACGAAGCUCCCGCCGGGGCAUAUGGGCUUCCCGUUGCUCGGAGAAAUGCUCAGCUUCCUCUGGUACUUCAAAAUUCUUCGCCGUCCGGAUGAAUUCAUCAACUCCAAGCGACGCAAGUAUGGUGAUGGAGUAGGAAUGUACAGAACCCACCUCUUCAGAACACCAGCCAUCAUAGCAUGCUUCCCAUCAAUCAACAAGUUUAUACUCCAAGCAGAUGAUAAAUUUAUGCUGGCAUGGCCCCGGGACGAUCUCGUGGGCUCUACUUCUAUAGUAGCAGUACAUGGAAAGUCCCAUGCCAGGCUUAGAAGUUACAUAAUGAACUCCAUUAACCACCCCGAUUCUCUUCGGCGCAUCGCUCUUCAUGUCCAGCCACGCAUGGUAGCCGCGCUCCAAUCGUGGGCGCAGAGGGGCAAAAUCAAAGCACGCGAUGAAAUCAAGAAGUUGACGUUCGAAAACAUAGGAAAGCUAUUUGUAAGCUUUGAACCGGGGCCUCUUUUGGACAACAUGGAUAAUUUGUUUAGAGGGGUGAUGCAUGGAUUUAGGGCGUAUCCAAUCAACUUUCCUGGAACUGCUUAUCGUCAUGCUCUUCAGUGUAGGAAGAAGCUUGAGGAGAUUUUUUUGGUAGAAUUAGUGAAGAAGAAGAAACAAAAUGGAGACGAAACGCAUGAUCUAAUGGACGGACUGAGGCAGAUUAGAGAUGAAGAAGGAAACAAAUUACUGGACAAGGAGGUGUUGGACAACAUCGUCAGCCUGGUUGCUGCUGGAUAUGAAUCCACUAGCAUUGCAUCAACGUGGGCAGUUUAUUAUCUUUCCAAAUUCCCAAAUGUCCUUGACAAGCUACGGGAGGAGAACAUGGCUAUAAGCAAGAAUAGGAAUGGCGAUUUCAUCACAAGCGAAGAUGUCUCGAAAAUGAAAUACACAAACAAGGUGGUGGAAGAAACAAUUAGAAUGGCCAAUAUUGCAGCAUUUGCUUUCCGGUCGGUCAUCAAGGAAGUUGAGUAUAAAGGUUACAAAAUACCAAAGGAUUGGAAAGUGAUUUUAUGGUUUCGAUACCUCCACACAAAUCCUGAAAACUUUGAGGAUCCAAUGUACUUCAACCCAGACAGAUGGAAUGAACCAGCAAGGCCCGGAACAUACCAAGUUUUUGGAGGAGGGUCAAGAAUCUGUGCAGGAAACAUGCUAGCAAGGAUACAGCUUGCACUUUUUCUUCAUCAUUUGUCUGUAGGUUACAAGUGGGAACUGCUCAACCCAGACGUAGAGACGGUUUAUCUUCCACAUCCAACACCAGCUGAUGGGGUUGAGGUUGCAUUCACCAAACUUUAGGAGACCCUUUUUAGUUGUGAUUUCACUGUGCUGAUUAAUAAUGAACCUCGAAAGAAUGCUACUUAAUUAGUUCAUAGUACUUAAUGGCCU